AUUGCUGACGGAGUAUGAAUUCUCGUACCGAAUCUGGGAAUACACUGUGCUGAAAACAUGGAGCAAACACCAGGAGGGAUACUGCUUGCGAUUCCCGCAGAGAUUCGGAACAGUAUUUAUCAGCUGCUCCUUGCCAGCAAUGAGCCCAUACCAGUCCGCACUCCGCGCCAAAGAACUUUCCGGGGUAUGUUAAUUUUACCAUUGUUUCGUCGGGUAUGUUCAUCUUCAUACCCGACGAUUCCGGAUGUUCUUUGGGAGCUGCUUGCCAAACAAGAUUCUCAUUUUCGAACACGAGUAGUAGUAUAUUGUACGUUAAUAAGAAGAUUCAUGACGAGGCCAUCAAGAUAUUUUUUCAGUACAAUACUUUUGUCGUUGGCAACGGCACCGAAGAAAAUGAAGCUAGCCUCAUAGGACUCAAAGCGUUGACGAAAUACGUUCCAGCGUCGUUGAUUGGAGCAAUCUCAAAACUUCAAUUCCACGUCUAUCUCCGCACAAUAGACGAUCUUUCUCAACUCCCACCUCGCCGCAGGCCAUGGGAAACCGAAUGGACAACCCUAAUAACUCCUUCCGCGGAAGUUGCAGAAGUCCUAGCUCAAUACGAAUUCUUGAACUCGGAGCCUAUACCCUUCCGCUCCGGAGUCAAUUUAUCUAUGGGAGGUCCUGCUGAAGCCCUGGAAAUACGGCAAAUUCAUCGAUGUAUCCCAAAGCACUUCGUCAACGUAACUACCGUGACAGUGGACUGGGUGGUGAGUUCAAACAAAGUACAGAUUUGGCCUGGUCGGAUCAUUCCCAGAGAAGCCACGAUCACCGUUCUGUCAAAGGCCAUUAAAUCCUUGAUGCAACUUCCAAAACUGCGGCAAAUCUGCAUGUGGGAGGAUGAGUGUGUAUAUACAGAGGGUAUCAUUGAACGGCUACUGGCCGAACAAGGUGAAAUGGGCAAAGCCAUUCAAUUUGAGCAUCUGCGGUACAAUGAAGGGAUUUCUGGACGCAUACGACGAGAAGCCGAAGAACAAAGAGAGAUCCAUUUAUUGUGGAUAGCGUAGAGACGGGUUGGAUUCUACUGAGAAUCUCGAGUACACCGCAAAUACGGCUCAUUGUUCCACUCCACCAACUCCAUCUCCCAGCCAGCUCCGCACGUCCAACCAAAGACGGCUACAGACAAAUUGGGUUACUUUGAGAGCCUCUCGCGGACUUUACGUACACCUCAUCCUUCCAUUCGAGCAACUUCAUCUCGACCUUAAGCUCCUCAUGUUGCACCAAA